UCGCUGUUCCUGGAAGGGAAAUCAUCCAUCCGGUGAGGUUUCCAUACGAGAAGGGGGAGGCUGGUCCGUAAGGGGGCUGAGCAAAGAGCUCCCUGUGUACUUUGAGGAGGAGACUGUACGUUUCUCCAAGGAGGAGUGGGCUCUGCUACUUCCAGGGCAGAGGACUCUCUCUACAAGGUAGACAUGAUGGAGAAUUAGAAGCACGUGGCCUCUUUUGUCUGGGAUGUGUGGGAGAAAACAAAUGGAACAAGCACAUCAAGUCUCUGAGGAAAGUGAUAAGGGGCCAGACAUGGAAGAGGAUGUUGGGGAUCAAAAUGGGAUGAAUCAGCUGGAAGAAAACCAAAGAAAUCAAGAGAGAAGUAAAUACCUGGAUGGUGACCUCCAUGCAACUACGGUACAAGAAAAAAUUCCGAAAGAAGAGGGAGAGACAAAACGGCCUGUGAAUGGGAAAAUAUUCAGUUGUGAAUCAACCCUUGAUGACCACACAGCAAAGAAAGGAUAUAAAUGCCUUGAGUGUGGAAAGAGUUUCAGGGACAAUUCUGGUCUUCUCAGCCAUCAAAGAACACACACAGGGAAGAAACCAUUUGAAUGUCUGGAGUGUGGGAAAGCAUAUAAUUCGAAGUGGGGAUUUACUGUUCAUCAGAGGUUUCAUUCAGGGGAGAAACCAUUUCAAUGCUUGGAGUGUGGAAAAAGAUUCAUCCAGAAGGGUAACCUUCAAAUGCAUCAAAGAACUCACACAGGGGAAAAACCAUUUCAAUGUCUGGAGUGUGGAAUGAGUUUCAUUCAUCAGGGAAAACUUACUGUUCAUCAGAGAAUUCACAGAGGAGAAGAGCCCCGAUAUAAAUGCCUCGAGUGUGGAAAGAGUUUCAAGAGCAAAGCCGAACUUAUCGCCCAUCAAAGAACACACACAGGGGAGAAACCAUUUGAAUGUCUGGAGUGUGGAAAAGCAUUUAAGAGGAGGUGGGGACUUACUCUUCAUCAGAUGAUCCACUCAGGGGAGAAACCAUUUCAAUGCUUGGAGUGUGGAUGGAGAUUCCGCAACAGUAAUGCCCUUAUAGAGCAUCAAAGAAUUCACACAGGGGAGAAACCAUUUCAAUGCUUGCAGUGUGGACGGAGAUUCCUCAACAGUAAUGCCCUUAUAGCGCAUCAAAGAACUCACACAGGGGAAACACCAUUUAAGUGUCCAGAGUGUGGAAAAUAUUUCAGUCGGGGCUAUUGCCUUAAGCUCCAUCAAAGAACGCAUACAGAUGAAAAACCACAUCAAUGCGUAGAGUGUGGAAAGAGAUUUAUCGAGAAGGAUGAGCUUACUUCCCAUAAGAGAAUUCACACAGGAGCAAAACCUUUUGAAUGUUCGCAGUGUGGAAAGAAGUUCAAUCGUAAGGCAACCCUUACUAGUCAUCAGAGAAUUCACACAGAAGAGAACCCAUUUAAAUGCCUGGAUUGUGGAAAGAGUUUCAGGGACAAUUCUAGCCUUCUUGCCCAUCAAAGAAUGCACACAGGGGAGAAACCAUUUAAGUGUCUGGAGUGUGGAAAAGCAUUUCCUUGGAGGGGGUCACUUACUGCCCAUCAAAGAAUCCAUUCAGGGGAGAAGCCAUUUCAAUGCUUGGAGUGUGGAAAGAGAUUCAGCGGGAAGGGUACCCUUAAGGUACAUCAAAGAACUCACACAGGGGAAACACCAUUUCAAUGUCUGGUGUGUGGAAAGAGUUUCAAUCAAAAGGGAAAACUUACUAUUCAUCAGAGAAUUCAUACAGGAGAAGGAAACCGAUUUAAAUGCCUGGAUUGUGGAAAGAGUUUCAGGGACAGUUCUGGCCUUCUUGCCCAUCAAAGAACGCACACAGGGGAGAAACCAUUUAAAUGCCUGGAGUGUGGAAAGGGCUUCCAGCGGAAGCGUGAUCUUGCUUUACAUCAAAAAAUCCACACGGGAGAAAUCGUUUAAAUUCCUGGAGUGUGGAAAGAGCUUCAGGUGGAGUUCUGUCCUUCUCGCCCAUCAAAGAACUCACACGGGGGAGAAACCAUUUCACUGUCUGGAAUGUGGG